AUGGCCCUCAGAAAGGAAUGGAAACCAAAGUACACAAAUACAUAUAAUCAGAAUUCUAGACCUGCUACUGCACCUGAGGCUCCUCCUGUAUCAGCUGAAGUAACCAGACAGUUACAUGGCCCAGAUAGUGAAAAGAGUUCCAAUUCCACGCCACUUUCUGAAACUUAUCAGAAUAUUGAAGAAACUGUGGAGGAGCAGGAUUCAAGUCAAAAUGGUAUGCUUACGUCCAAGGUGGAAGAUUAUCCUGACCAUCCACUCUCACCCAAUAACACGCCUAUGAAUCUAGAAUCGGGUGAGGUUGAUGGAUCAUCCAGUGCUAUUCAGGAGUCUAAUGAGUCCAAGCAAGAUACUGCUUUGCCGUCUGAAGGUCAUCAAUACCCAGGCAUGCAUAUUUCUCCAAACUAUAGUGAUGGUUUUGUGCCCCUGAUGUUGGGUCCUCAGCUCACACCAUCUGACAAUUCUGAGUCUCAGACACAUGAUAUUUCUCGGUUUCCAAGCUUUAUUGUGAGAGUCCUUUUACUAUAUGGCCGUCUUUCUCCUUUUGCUUCUGCCGGGGCAAUCACCAAGUACAACGGCAAUAUUACGGUGCUGCCUGCUCCAAAUUUUCAAUCUCCUCAAGAGGGUAUCUUGUCCACUGCAGGUCAAACCCCACUUUACAACUCAAGCUGCAGGACUGAUGCAAAGUACAAUAGCCGUUACUCAGCAACCUGUCCCAGUCUUCCGGCCGAGUGCGGUUCAUUUAUCCCAUUACCCUCCAAACUACAUUCCUUAUGGUCACUACUUUUCACCAUUCUAUGUCCCCACCUCCAGCAGCAGUCCACCAAUUUUUGGGUAACGGUGCCUUCCUUCAACAACCACUCAAACCCAACUCACCUUGUAAUGCCAAACACAUUUGGACUAUAUGGCUCCUCUCCAGCUGGUUAUAAUCAUAAUUCUGAUACAACUCCGGGGAAUUCAAACUCUAAUGAGGAUCUCGGUUCCUCCCAAUUCAAGGAAAUUAAUGUAUACAUCACUGGACAACAACAGAGCGAAGGUUCGGCAGUGUGGGUGGCUGCACCUGGCCGAGACAUGACUAAUUUGUCCACUAGUUCAUUCUACAACCUUCCUCCUCAAGGUCCGCAUGUGACAUAUGCCCCGACUCAGGCUGGCCACACCACUUUCGCGAGCAUCUAUCACCCCGCUCAAGCAGUGACAGCUGCAGCAGUCCAUCCACUGUUGCAGCAAUCUCAAACAAUGGCAGGAGCAGUUGACAUGGUAGGACCAGGUGGAAAUGUUUACCAGCAACCUCAACAUGCACAGAUCAAUUGGCCAAGCAAUUACUAG